AUGUCAAUCCAAACAAGUGAUCCAAACGAACCAACUGAUUCCUUAAAAUCACUCUCAUUAAUAGCAUCCCAUUCUCAUAUCACCGGUUUAGGUCUUGAUGAACAUUUACAACCACGUCCCACCUCCGAGGGAAUGGUGGGCCAAUUACAAGCACGUCGUGCCGCUGGUAUAAUAUUGAAGAUGGUUCAAAAUGGUACUAUUGCAGGAAGAGCUGUCCUAGUUGCAGGACCUCCUUCCACUGGUAAGACUGCUUUGGCUAUGGGUCUUUCACAAUCUUUAGGGAAAGAUGUGCCAUUCACUGCGUUGGCUGGGUCCGAAAUUUUCAGUUUAGAGUUGAGUAAGACUGAAGCUUUGACUCAAGCUUUGAGGAAAUCCAUUGGAAUCAAGAUUACUGAGGAGACGGAAUUGAUCGAGGGGGAGGUUGUCGAGAUUCAAAUUGAUAGAUCAAUUACCGGAGGUCAUAAACAGGGGAAAUUGACCAUUAAGACUACUGACAUGGAAACUAUAUAUGAACUUGGGAAUAAGAUGAUUGAUGGAUUAACUAAGGAAAAAGUUCUUGCUGGGGAUGUUAUUUCCAUUGAUAAGGCUAGUGGUAAGAUUACUAAAUUGGGUAGAUCAUUUGCCAGAUCAAGAGAUUAUGAUGCAAUGGGUGCAGACACAAGAUUUGUUCAAUGUCCAGAAGGUGAAUUACAAAAAAGGAAGACUGUCGUACAUACUGUUUCAUUACAUGAAAUUGAUGUAAUCAACUCAAGAACACAAGGGUUCCUUGCCUUAUUUACAGGUGAUACUGGUGAAAUUGGUUCUGAAGUAAGAGAUCAAAUUAAUACUAAAGUUGCUGAAUGGAAAGAAGAAGGUAAAGCAGAAAUUGUUCCAGGUGUCCUAUUCAUUGAUGAAGUUCAUAUGUUAGAUAUUGAAUGUUUUUCAUUUAUUAAUAGAGCUUUAGAAGAUGAAUUUGCUCCAAUUAUUAUAAUGGCCACUAAUAGAGGUAUUUCACAAACUAGAGGAACUACAUAUAAAUCUCCACAUGGGUUACCGUUAGAUUUAUUAGAUAGAUCGAUCAUCAUUACUACGAACCAAUAUAAUGAACAAGAAAUUAAAACAAUAUUAUCAAUUAGAGCUCAAGAAGAAGAGGUGGAAAUAACACCAGAAGGUCUUGAUUUAUUGACAAAGACAGGUGUGGAAACAAGUUUACGUUAUAGUAGUAACUUAAUUUCAGUGUCUCAACAAAUUGCCUUAAAAAGGAAAAGUAACGUUGUAGAUAUUGUCGAUAUCAAAAAGGCAUAUCUAUUAUUCUUAGACAGUAAAAGAUCAGUGAAAUUUGUUCAAGAAAAUGAAAGUCAAUAUAUCGAUGAUCAAGGUAGAGUUCAAAUUUCAACAAAUGGACCAGCCCUUGUGACUACAGGGGCUCCAGUCGAUGAUAGUGCUAUGGAUACAACUGAAUAA